AACUUCCUCAUGAUAGUUCAAAAGCAACUCAAGCCUUAUAUGCAGCCAAUAAAAUAGUUAAUACAUUUCAACCACAUAAAGAAAAUUCUAUCGAUCAAGCACUUUUAAUAUCUAAAGAAUUUUUGAAACAUAAAAAUGGAAGUAAUGAUCAAUUUAAAUUGACAGCAGUUGGAAAUUGUCAUAUUGAUACUGCUUGGUUAUGGCCAUUUGAUGAAACCAAAAGAAAAGUAGCAAGAAGUUGGUCAACACAAGUUGGAUUAAUGAAUAUUUAUCCAGAAUAUAAAUUUGUCGGCUCACAAGCACAACAAUUUGAGUGGUUAAAAGAAUUAUAUCCCAAGUUAUUUAAACAAAUUCAAGAAAAAGCUGUUAAUGGUCAAUUCUUACCAAUUGGUGGAGUGA